AAUGCCCUCGCUGCCACAAAGCGCGCGCUGAAAGGCGCCCGGGCCCCGCAGGCAGGGCUAGUGCUGCAAAGCCGAGAGAGGGACCAUGGCCAGGAAAGGGGACCCCGCCGCUUCGCCUUACGGUGAACCAAGGAAAUUUGACCCAAAGUUCAGCGGACCUAUUCACAACAGGCAUUGUACAGAUGUUCUAUGCUGUAUCAUCUUUGUUGUGGUCAUCCUGGGUUACAUUGCUUUAGGAAUUGUGGCUUGGGUACAUGGUGACCCCAGGAAAGUGGCUUAUCCAACUGACAGCUAUGGGCAGUUCUGUGGUCAAAAGGACACACCUAAUGAGAACAAGACAAUUUUGUUUUAUUUUAAUAUUCUGAAAUGUGCCAGCCCUUUAGUGCUAAUAAACCUACAGUGCCCUACAACACAGCUUUGUGUCUCAAAGUGCCCAGACAGGUUUGCAACCUACAUAGAAAUGCAGUCUUCCUACAGAAAUUAUUGGGAGUACUUCAGACAGUUUUGCAAGCCUGGCUUUAAUAAACCACGAAAGUCUGUGACCCAAGUUAUGCGUGAUGAAGAUUGUCCUUCCAUGAUUGUUCCUAGUCGACCUUUUCUUAAGAGAUGUUUUCCUGAUUUCUCCACUAAAAAUGGUGUUCUGACGGUGGCCAAUCAAACUACUUUUAGAGAUGGAAGAGGAAAGACAAGGAAUGUAACAGAUCUCAGGGAAGCUGCAAAUGGCAUCAAUAAUGUUCUCGAUGCAAGAUCAGUUGGGAUGAAAAUUUUUGAAGACUAUGCCAGCUCUUGGUAUUGGAUUUUAAUAGGUUUAUUUAUUGCAAUGGUUGUCAGCUUGCUCUUCCUUGUGCUUUUGAGAUUCAUCGCAGGGAUUCUCUUCUGGAUUUUCAUCUUUGGUGUAAUUGGGAUUAUAGGAUAUGGUAUCUGGCAUUGCUACUGGGAAUAUCACCACCUUCAUGGAAUACCUGGCUCUGAUCUUACUAUCUAUGAUAUAGGAUUCCAAACAGACUUCAGGGUAUACCUGCAACUGAGGCAAACAUGGUUAGCAUUUAUGAUACUGCUUUGCAUAGUGGAAAUUGUCAUUAUACUGAUGUUAAUAUUUCUGAGAAAUCGAAUCCGGAUUGCCAUUGCACUUUUGAAGGAAGGUAGCAGGGCCAUUGGCUACAUCAUGUCUACACUGUUCUACCCAAUCAUCACCUUCAUUCUCAUUGCAAUCUGCAUUUCUUACUGGGCUGUGACAGCUGUCUUCCUGGCUACAUCAGGGGAACCGGUGUACAAAGUCAUGGCUAAUCAGAGCCUGUGCAAGUAUGCAAAUCUGACCUGUUACCCAGAGACUUUCAACACCACCAACGUAACCAAGCUUUGCCCAGGGGCCCAAUGCACCUUUGCUUUCUAUGGAGGAGAAAGCUUGUACCACAGAUACAUCUUAGUCUUUCAGCUCUUCAAUGUUUUUGUCUUUCUUUGGUUGGUCAAUUUUGCAAUUGCACUGGGUCAGUGUACCCUUGCUGGUGCCUUUGCCUCUUACUAUUGGGCUUUUAGGAAACCUUCUGACAUCCCAACAUGCCCUCUUUUUGCCUCAUUUGGACGAGCGAUAAGGUAUCAUACAGGUUCCCUAGCAUUUGGCUCUUUAAUUCUUGCCAUAGUCCAACUGAUUCGAGUAAUCCUGGAAUAUCUGGAUCACAAACUCAAAGGCUCACAGACUGCCUUUGCUAAGUUCCUCCUCUGCUGCCUCAAAUGCUGUUUUUGGUGCUUGGAAAAAUUUCUCAAAUUUAUCAACAGAAAUGCCUACAUCAUGAUUGCAAUAUAUGGUAAAAACUUCUGCGCCUCAGCAAGAGAAGCUUUCUUUCUUCUCAUGAGAAAUGUAGUAAGAGUUGCAGUGUUGGAUAAAGUGACAGACUUCUUAUUAUUCCUGGGGAAAAUUCUUGUUGCUGGAGGUGUGGGUGUCCUAGCCUUCUUUUUCUUCACACACAGAAUACCAAUAUUCACACACGAGGCACCAUCACUGAAUUACUACUGGGUCCCACUCUUGACUGUCAUUAUAGGUUCUUACCUAGUUGCACAUGGGUUCUUCAGUGUCUAUGCAAUGUGUGUUGACACACUUUUCCUCUGCUUUUUGGAAGAUUUAGAAAGUCAUGAUGGCUCUCCCGCAAGACCUUAUUACAUGAGUAAAUCUCUGCUGAAGAUCUUGAACAAACAGAACAUGCAGACCAAGAAACAAUAGAAAAUGCCCAUUGUCCUCUUCACACAGUCCCAUUUGAUUUCAACGCCUUGUUUCUUCAGUAUAUUAUUGACCAUUGGCUUUUCUUUGUGCAUGUUUUAUACCAAAGCUAUUGUACACGUGAAGCCAUCAAAAAUUGUAGUGACAUUGUUUUGAUAAUUCCAGCAGAAAUUGUGAUGGAAAAAACCCUCCCAUGGGAGCAUUUUAUAUAUAUAUAUAUGGAUAUACCGAAAGUUUCCUCCUUUUUUCCAUUUGCCUUUAAUUCUUGUGGCUUAGAUGUUUUGGAGUGACCAAUUUACAAGUGUUGGCUGCUUAAAAAAAAUAUGGAAAAGAUGUAGAAUGUUCUACUGUUUCAGAUUAUCUUCUUGGUGAAUGAACAGUUUUGUUUUGUUUUUUUAAAAAAAGAAGAAUAUGAAAAUUUCCCUAGAAACAGAGUUUGUAAAAAAACUUUUUCAGUUUAAGUUGUCAUAGUAUAUAUAAAUGUUUCCAGAUUGCAUUUAAUGUCUUAUCCGUUUCCUAACUUGUAUGGUUGUGUGCUCCAUGACAAAGUGCCUUACUGGCUAUCAGUAUGACGUUAACUAGCUUGGUUUUGAAGUUUACAAGCACCAUUGAACCACAAACCUACUACUGUUUGCCAUGAAAAUAUGUUCAGCUUACUUAAAAUGUAUAGGCACAAACCUGGCUCUUUGUGCUUCUAUAAUUUUUUCCAGCAUCUGUAUUUUCCUAUAGGAAGCAGCAGAGAACAUUCUUUAAAGCAGGAGCUGUGCAAAGUGGAGGUUGGACUACAACUCCCAUCAGCCCUAGCCAGUGUUGGCUGUGGCAAAGAACACUUGGAGUUGCAGUCCAGCAACUUUUAAAGAGGCACACUUUGCUCACCUUUAUGCUUUACACAGAUGGGUUUGUGGCUAUUGGGAUUUUUUUAACAGUUACUUUUACUUCUGUCUAAUUUGUGCUAUAAGAAAAAUCAAGCUCUGCCUCUGCUAGCUCUCCAUUUGUAUAGGUAGUGCAAUCUGCAUUGAAAGCUAUAUCCACACUGUAGAAUUAUAGCAGUUCUAUAUCAUAUUAACUGCGAUGACUCAGUGCUGUGUAAUUCUGGGCUUUGUAAUUUUGCGAGACCCUGCUGUGUCAGAGCUCUGGUGCUACAACAAACUAUAGAUUGCAGGACUCCAUAGGAUGAAACUAUGGCAGUUAAAGUGGUGUAAACCUGUUAUAAACAUCAAACGGCUGUUAGAUGCAACAACAAGAAUUGGCUAUAAUCUUGGAAACCCACUGCGGAGCUGCCACAUUCAACUUUCAGAAAGAUUGCUCCUUUCUAACCUGGCAAAUGUUUGCUGAGUUUUUCCAUUUCUACAGGUGACAAAAGCCAUCCUGUAGUUACAGGAAUGAAUGUUAUAUUAUCACCAAUGCUAAUUAAGCCCUGUUAGUAUUCGUUCCUAAGUACAAGUGGGUUUGGAAAUGCCUUUGCCUAUGUCAUUCACAUUGUAACCACAAUUAGCAAUGACACUGAAGUCACCAAAUGGCCAAUCUAUAUAUAAACCCCACUGGUUUACUGGGUCUACUCUAGUUGGAAGUAAGGACUCAGGCUGCAAUGAGAUAGGACUUGAGCAUUUCAUGCCUAUGGGGAGAGUGUGGGAAACAUUCGUAUACUAGUGAAAUUCUUUUUUCCAGAUUAGUUUCCAGUGAUAUCACAAUAGUAGAACCAUGGAAUCAUAGAGUUGGAAGGCACUACAAGAGCCAUCCAAUCCAACCCCCUGCUAUGCAGUAACAAACCACCAGAGCACGCCUGGCAGACAGCCAUCCAGCCUCUGCUUUAAAACCUCCAGAGGCAGAAACCACCACACUCCAAGGCAGCACAUUUCACUGUCAAAACAGCUCUUCCCAGCAGAGAUUUCUUCAUAAUCUUCAGGUGGGAUCUCUUUUCCUGCUAUUUGAAUCCAGCACUCCCAAUUUUGUUGUGGUGUGAGUGCAUGUGAAGUUUGCUUUCAGAGCUUCAACCUUACACCUCAGUUGUAAGUCAUAGCUGAUUUCAGUGGUGCUUAUUGCCAAGUAAACAUGAUUAGAGUAAGAGAAUUAAGAUGAGGAUUUAUUAAGAUUGGAUCAGUGUUUCUUGCUAGACACAGGGACUAGGGUUUAAGUUUCAAAGCCACCUUCUACCUUCAUAUGCUGGUUAACUGACCAUAGGGGACUGUGUGCCAUUCUGUUGUGUUAAAUCUUAUGUGUCUAAGGCCUUGCUACUUAAAUUAGGAAACAUGGGAACAAGGAGAUACAUAUGACACAAGUGUAAAGUAUUUAUUGCUUUGUUAUCCCUUGUGAAAUGGAUGCUUCAUUUUUAUGACUCUUCUUAAGAGAAGAUUUUGUUUUAUAAAAGGAUGUUUAAUUUUUCUAACUUUUGAUACUGAUUCUUGGUUUCCUUGUGAAAUAUUGGUAAUUUGCACUUCACGGUAAUAAAACUAAGAACCUUGUGGCUUCUUCAGUUUUUGAGAUGUGUAACUAAUGGUACUAAUAUUGAUCAUGAAUGCGAUCUAUUUGUUUGCUUGUUUUUGAGAAAAGGUCCAUCAGCAUUUCAAAGAUAUAUUCAUAAAUUGCAUGGUGGCAAAAAAAAGAAAAUAAAUUCUGGUCAGUCUCCCCUAUGAUCACAUUUUACUUUACCAGUGAUUUUAGACUGUGUGGUUUGGUCGGGAGAGAGAAGUGCCCAAACCAAAAUAAUGUGAGCACACAUCCGUCUGAGCUCUAAAACCAUUUAUUUGCUUCUGCUGUGCAGAAAUAUUAGAACAUAUUGUUGAAAAUAUCUUUUUAGAACUAAAAUGUUUAAUAUUUAACACAAUUUGUUGUUACUUAUUGUUUUACAACUCUUGGGGUUUGUUCUAAUAAAAAAGUUUAGAUACAAAA